AUGGUAGGAUUGCUGGACACUGGAGCAGACGUCUCCUGCGUAGCUGGCAAAGACUGGCCUAAUUCUUGGCCCACACAAACCACAGCUAAUGAACUUGUAGGUCUAGGGAAAGCACCCUCGGUGGUGAAAAGCUCACAAAUAUUAUCUUGGCAAGAAGAAGGUCAGCAGGGCAUCUUCCAGCCUUAUGUAAUAUCUUCUCUCCCCCUCACAUUAUGGGGACGAGAUAUUUUAGCCCAAAUGGGAAUUUUGUUGUAUAGCCCAGAUGAAAAAGUAUCAGCUCAAAUGCUGCAAAUAAAAUAUGAUCCUCAGAAAGGGUUAGGAAAAAAACAGCAGGGCAGGUUAUACCCUGUAGAACUACAAGUUAAUAAUCAACGAUUGGGCUUAGGAUAUCCAAAUUCAUAA